AUGGGGCAACCUACAAGUCUGAACAACAUAGCCAUACCACCUAAGCUGACUCCCGAGCAGUAUGAACAGAUUUGCAAGAUGUUUGAGCAAAAUAAAAGCAAUGGCGGUGGUGCAGCUGCAGCAAAUUCUGUCAACUUAGCAGGUAACAGCAGUGCCCUAUUGGUUACAAAUGAGACACCUGAGUGGAUCAUUGACACAGGGGCUACUAACCACAUGGCAUCUGAUGUGGACUUGUUAAAUAAAAUUACUAUCAUAAAAAAUGAACAUCCAAAGAAAGUAUUCCUACCAAAUGGUGAUAUUUCACAUGUUACCCACACUGGCACCAGCAAUAUUUCAAAUACAAGACACAAGAGUGUUGUAGUAGAAGUUCUUAAUAAAUGCAGUAUUUGUCUUAGUGCUAGACAAACUAGGCUUCCUUUUCCUAACAGUACAUCAGUAACUGUUCCUUUUGAGCUAAUACACAUGGAUCUAGUACAAGCAGAAAAUAGCUAUGCACAUUUGUCUCGUCAAAAACACAGGCACAUACUAGAGAUUACUAGAGUUGUUAGAUUUCAAGGCAACAUACCAUUAAAGUUUUGGGGGCACUAUGUAAAAGCUGCUACCUAUCUCAUAAAUAGAAUGCCAUCAAUUGUUAUUGGCAACAUCUCACCCUAUGAAAAGCUGCAUAGCUGGAAACCUUCACUUAUCCAUUUGAGAGUCCUAGGGUGUCUUUGUCAUGCUAAGAUAGUUCAAGAAACUGAUAAACUGAUGCCUAGAACUAAACAACAGCACCAAGAUGAUCAACCUCAAGCAAAUAAAGAAGUGCAGCCACCUGCACAUCCACAAAAUGAUGCAAUUAUUCAGCAACAACAACCUGUGACAAAUGACACAAGAAAGUCCUCAAGAGGCAAACAUCUACCUAAAUGGAUGAAGGACUUUGUAUCCUUGAAUGUUCAUAAUAGUGUACCCUAUGCUUUAGUAAAUUACAUAUCCUAUGACGACAUGCAUCCUACUUAUCAAAGUGAUAUUGCAACCUUUUCUAAUAUUGUUGAACCUGCUACCUAUGCAAAAGUUGUAAAGGAUCCAAAGUGGAUAGAAGCUAUGCAAGCAGAAAUAACAGCACUUGAAAACAACAAAACCCGAGAGGUUUUUACACUUCCUAAGGAUAAGAAACCAAUUGGAUACAAGUGGAUAUACAAAAACAAUCUUGGCAAUAGCAAAAGCACUGGCACAUCCAUCAAAUGGAUGUGGACAAUGCUUUCCUUCAAGGUGACCUUUAUGAUGAUAUUUAUAUGGACCUUCCAUAAGUAUUUCAAAGCCAAGGGGAGACAAGGUCUAAAACAAGCUCCAAGACAGUGGAAUGCCAAGUUGUGUGAGGCACUUUUCAACAACAAGUUUCAUCAGAGUCAGUAUGACCAUUCAUUGUUCACCAAAAAGAUAGAACAAGGGAUAAUCACAGUGGUGGUUUAUGUUGAUGACAUGCUAGUGACAGGAGAUAAUCUUGAGCAAAUCCUAGAAACUAAAUCUGCUCUUCACAAGGCUUUCAAAAUGAAGGAUUUAGGGGAGUUGAAGUACUUCCUUGGGAUUGAAUUUGCAAAAGCAAAUGAAGAUAUUGUCAUGCACCAAAAUAAAUAUGCACUAGAGUUAAUCUUAGAAACUGGUUUAAGUGCAGCUAAACUAGCAAUCACACCUAUGGAUACUACUAUCAAGCUGACAACUAAAGAAUAUGAUGAACAUUGCAAACACUCCACAGAACAAGGAAACGAAUACACAGAUCAAAAUGAUGAAGAGCUGGCUGACAUAGGAGCAUAUCAAAGAGUUAUAGGAAAACUACUAUAUUUGACUGUCACUAGGCCUGACAUUUCCUACAGUGUACAGAAACUAAGUCAGUUUCUACAACAUCCAAAAUAG